AUGACUAUUAGUGCCGGUAAUGACCCUGGUCGCAUAGGAAUCGGGCGAACAAACGAGUUAUAUAGGUUAGGGUUAGUUUUCAAUAAUUUGGCCAUGGCUGAUAAACCGACCGCAUACCAGACACCCUGGUCAGAUUAUGUAUGUAAAACUCUCGAGGUGGGAAAAGGAGUUGCAAAAGGUAUUCAUAGCUACCAGGCUAUGGUGGGCUAUCGGUACGCCAUACAAUUUAACACUUCCCGCUCAUGUCUGGUGACCAUACGGGACACCAUAACCGGUACCUGGGUCAUUAGGCUGGACAGGGCUCACGCUACCGGUGCCACUUAUAAUCACAUUAAUAUUAAUCCAAAACUUACCGGCUUAUCUGACCCUCAUAUCUGUCUGCCACCUGGAAUGCUAACUGCAUGCCAGUUUGGCGCAAAAUUGGCUCGUGGUUACUAUGAGUACAGGGUCGAUGACAUGUUAUUUGCAGUUAGCAUAGGGUUUGACAUGUACAGGGCUGGUACGGCUAUUUAUCAGGAUUAUGGCCAUGGUACCACCAGAAACACGCUGAUGACCGGGGCUAAAAUUGCUGGUGGGUGGUCGGGUGCACCUGUAGGUGCUUUGAUUGGAGCUAAAAUUGGAUCCCUAUUACCCGGAUUAGGCACAAUCAUUGGUGGACUGGCUGGUGGUAUAGCCGGUGGUGUCUACGGCCCUGAAUAUACCCAGGGUGCCGUUAGUGCUAUUUGUGAUAAACUCGGUCACGACAUACAAACUAAGCCAUGCACUUUAUGUGAUCAGUCAUUUCAAGCCAAAGUCUAUUCUGGUGAGGGGGCACUGGUAUCAUGUCCGGGUGGCUGUAAGGGUACACCUAAUGUUACAGGCUCAAAUCAGUACCUAUGGGUGCUGCAAAUUGCUAAAGCGUGGGAGAUACUGGGUAAUAAGUCUUACCCUAAAUAG